AUGCGCAAGAGCUCCGCUAAGCAGAUGCACAGGGACGAGAAGAAGGAAAAAAAAAGUAUACCGUCAGCCACAUUCCUCCGCGUCAGGAAAAGGCAAACCGCCGCAAAAGGUUUUGUGGACAAUAAAGGGCGUGGAAGAAACUUAAAGGCACAAAAGGGAAGAAACCGGAGGGACAACGAGUUAUACAUACCCGGUAAAGGAAGUUUUAGCAAACCCAGAAAACUAGAAGGCAGAAGGGGCGUCCCCUCUUCAGUGUGCUUGCUUCACUUUCACCGAGACACUUUAUUACUUUUCACGGUAGCGCACACACUAACAAUUCACAAUAUAUGUUCAUAUACAAAAAUAUAUGUGGUGUUGUAA